GGAAAACAAGAAGUCAGAAGACUGCUAACUUUAAAGGUGAUAGUGAGCAGUGGUGCUGAGAAUGAUGGAGCAUCUCAGCGAGACGUGCAUAGGCAAGGAGAACUGUGACCUGGUCAACAGCAUGGCAGAGGCCAAGGCCCCGCCGGCCAAGUUGGCUCGACUGGAACAGAACGGCAGCCCCCUGGGCCGGGCCAGACUGGGCAGCACUGGGACCAAGCUGGCUGGAGUCCCAUACAAGUCCUCUGCACACCUGCUCAAGACCUGCCACAAGAAAGGUAACAUGCUGCCGGUGUUCUGCGUGGUCGAACACUACGAGAGCCCCAUGGAGUUUGACAGCAAGGAGGAGCACGCAGAGUUCGUCCUCGUACGUAAGGACAUGCUCUUCAACCAGCUCAUCGAGAUGGCCCUGCUGUCACUGGGUUACUCCCACAGCUCCGCAGCACAGGCCAAAGGUCUGAUCCAAGUGGGGAAGUGGAAUCCAGUUCCUCUGUCUUACGUGACAGAUGCUCCAGAUGCCACAGUGGCCGACAUGCUGCAAGAUGUCUAUCAUGUGGUCACCCUGAAGAUCCAGCUGCACAGUUGUCCUAAGCUGGAGGAUCUCCCCCCUGAGCAGUGGAGCCACUCCACAGUAAGAAACGCCCUCAAGGAGUUACUGAAAGACAUGAAUCAGAGCUCUCUGGCUAAAGAAUGUCCCUUAUCACAGAGUAUGAUUUCCUCCAUUGUCAACAGCACUUACUAUGCAAAUGUGUCGGCGGCAAAGUGUCAGGAAUUUGGGCGCUGGUAUAAACAUUUCAAGAAGACAAAAGAUAUGAUGGCAGAGAUGGAUGGCCUGUCUGACCUUUCUCCUCCUGGAUCAAACCACAAUCACCUGGGUUUCUCCCAGCAGCAGCAGCAUCCCAUUCCAGGCAGCACCGCUGAGCAGACCCCUUCAUCGCCGGUCCCUCCUCUCCCUCACACCCCUGGAUCACAUGGAGGCCAGGGAGGAGGCCGACAGCCCCAGCUGCCAGGCCUGCACCACCCCGGCCUGGUCUCCACGCCCAUUAGCCCCCAGCUGGUCAACCAGCAGCUGGUGAUGGCGCAGAUCCUCAACCAGCAGUAUGCUGUCAACCGGCUGCUGGCCCAACAGUCUCUGUCCCAGCAGUACCUCAACCACCCACCGGUCAACCGCAGCACACUGACCAAACCGCUCGAGCCGCAGGUGGCCUCUAACACGGAGGUGUCCUCUGAAAUCUACCAGUGGGUGAGAGAUGAGCUGAAACGGGCCGGCAUCUCGCAGGCCGUCUUCGCCCGCGUGGCCUUCAACAGGACCCAGGGUUUGCUUUCUGAGAUCCUGCGAAAGGAGGAGGACCCCAAGACAGCAUCCCAGUCGCUGCUGGUCAACCUGCGUGCCAUGCAGAACUUCCUGCAGCUGCCGGAGGCUGAGCGUGAUCGGAUCUACCAGGAUGAGAGGGAGCGCAGCCUGACUGCAGCUUCAGCCAUGGGUCCUGCACCACUCAUCAGCACCCCGCCUAGCCGGCCAGUACAGGUAAAGCCGUCUCCACUGCCAAGUGAGUGGAACGGCAAGACGGAGAGUUGCAUCCUCAACAUCAACUCCAACAUCUACGACGAGAUCCAGCAGGAGAUGAAGAGAGCCAAGGUCUCCCAGGCCUUGUUUGCCAAGGUGGCCGCCUCCAAGAGCCAGGGCUGGCUCUGUGAACUCCUGCGUUGGAAAGAGGACCCGACUCCAGAGAACCGCACGCUAUGGGAGAAUCUGUCCAUGAUCCGCCGUUUCCUAAGCCUGUCGCAGGCUGAGCGCGAUGCCAUCUAUGAGCAGGAGAGCAGCGCCGGGCAGCAGCACCACGCUGAGCGACCACCGCACAUGUUGCAUGUCUCCAGCGACCCCCUGCAGGCUCAGCUGCCCCAUUCCCAGCAGCAGCAGCACCCUCCACCCCUCCCCCUCCAGCACCCCUCACAGCCCCCGUUGUCCCAGCAGCCCACACCUGGACCCCGCCUCCCCCCUCGUCAGCCCUCUACCGCCUCCCCAGCUGAGACGGAGGACGAGAGCAUCCGUGGGGGGAGCGCCAAGGCCCGGAGCGGUGGAGGCAAGAUCUCCCUGGAGGCGCUGGGCAUCCUGCAGAGCUUCAUCCAGGAUGUGGGCCUGUACCCAGAUGAGGAGGCCAUCCACACCUUGUCAGCUCAGCUGGACCUGCCCAAGCUCACCAUCAUCAAGUUCUUCCAGAACCAGCGCUUCUACAUCAACCACCCAACCAAGGCGACAAAGGACAGCCCGGCAUUUGAAGAAGAGCUGUCAGACUUCAGGGAGGGCGGGGAGCUGCUGAAAGAGCUGGACGAGGGCACGCAGACCAACAGCACCAUCUUCUCCAUCAAGAUGGAGGAACACAUGGGCCGCUCUGAGGCCCAGCCAGAGUCCGAGCAUGAAGCCAAGGUGUAAGACUCUCCCAUGUGGUCUGAAUAACAGACCCAGAGUCUUCUCAUACAAACAGAGACUAAUGACCACACUAAAAGGUAAUGCUCUGACCGUACCACCACAAUAAGUGAUGGAAUACAGAAGAAAUAAUAGUGUUUUUAAUCCAUACAGCAUCUGGACUGUAUGACUAGUGUUUAUAAAUCAAUUGCAGACUUACAGGCUAUGCGACAUGAGUGUUCACACACUGGAAAGCCCAUUUCAGACUCAGUAAUACAACAAGUAUUGCUUUUUGAAUUUUGUAAAACUUGUAUUAUUUACUGUAAAGACUGAUGCAUCAUUUAAAUAGUCUGCACAAAGUUAUUCUAAGUAUGUUGCCGUGGAUAUUUGCUGACUGCACUCGAUGUCUGUUUUACACUGAAUUACUUUCACCUUUUUUGAGCUACUGAUUCUAUUUAAAAGAAAACAAAUCCCCCUGGAGUUUGCUAGGACUUUGGUAAAUGUUUAUGUAUGUGGUGUUAAACUGGUUUUUUUUUUUAAACAAACAAACAACAUAUGUAUGAAAUCAAGGACCAAGUGGUUGACAAGGCCUUAACGAUGAGAUACUGAGUCCGGGCCUGCUGGCAGAUUUGGUUAGUUGUUCCUUUAAAAAAGUGCAAAAGGUGAUUUGUGGAUGACUCCAAACUGUGGAAGGCAAACAGCCCACCUGGGUGCAUCUCCCAGAACAGCUCAGUCUUCACCUAUUAUUUGUUAGGGAAGAAAUAUAAAUAUAUAUAUAUAAAUACAUAUAUAUAUAUAUUAUAAAUAUAAAGACAUAUAUUGUAACUAUAAAAAAAUACAGUCUUAAAGAAACUAUGCC